GCAUGUCUCCUUCUGUGUGAGUCAAGAGCAGCCGGUGUCAGCCUCGCCCUCCUCUCCAGCCAGGCCUGGAUCCGCUGCCCUCGGCCUCUGUGCUCCACUGCCCGCAACACCAAAGGAUGACCAGCAGUCACCGACACUACUCAACCAGAUUGGGUGGCCUGGCAAGCCUGGGUCUCGCUCUCCUCCUUCCCCUCACUGUCCCCUGUUCUGAUCCUCACACCGAUGGCCUCCCCAAGGGAAAGCUGAACACCAGUGGAUCUGACUCAUGGGCUGCGGUCAACAUCUCCCUCCUUCAAGACUUCUGGUGCCAGCCAGCCAGCCGGCUGCCCCGGGAACAGCUCUCGUCUCUGAUAAGGAGUCUGGCCUUGCUGCAGGUCCCACUCAAAGCUUGGCAGCUCAGCUGUCUGGCCAACCUCGCAGCACGGCUCAGCCUCCAAGAAGACUUCGCACUCCACCCACCCAGCCUCCUGCUCUUCUACAAUCUGAGCCAGGUGAAGGAAUCCAACUGCCGCGCCUUCAUGCAGCACGCUGCCCAGGGAGACACGGGGCUGCUGGCCAACCUGCCCGACCAGAGGAUCGCCCUGCAGCACACAGCCUUGGCCUGCCUGGGGGGGCCACGCCAGCAGCUCAGUGCCUCGGACUUGGGGCUCCUCGGGAUCUUGGUAUGUGACAUGGACGCAUCCAGGAUUGUGACGGCAGACCCCUCCGUGCUGCAGAACCUGUUGCGCUGCCCGCAGCUGAGUGCCACCCAAAGGGCCGCCCUCAACACCCUGCUGGCUAGCGGGAGGACACAGCUUGGGCCUCCUGGCUCCUGGAAUCUGGAGGGGCUGCAGGCCCUGGGAACUCUGGCCACCUACAUCAGUCCCAACCUGUGGGAGAAGGUAGAAGAGGCUGUGGGCCUGGACCUCUUCUGCAGUAUGGUGGCCGCCUGCCGAGAGGGCCAACUCAGCCAGUGUGAUGCCAGGCGUUUCGUCACAAGCUUCCUGGAGUCCAAGGCUAACUCAGCGUCAUUGAGGCCCAAGCGGGGCACAGGGGGAUCUUGCAUCCGUGGCAACAUUACGGCAGCCACACUGCAUGACGACCUCUUCCUGGUACACUAUGACUGUACCCAGCUGGAGUCCUGCCUGAGCACCCGUGUGCUCAGAGCCAACCUGAACCCUCUGCUGCAGCACCCGCUGCCAGCCGAAUGCCAGCGUGUCAUCAAAACCAAGUUAGCUCAGAUCUACCCGCAUGGCAUUCCAGAAGACCAGCUGCGCCUCAUCACCUCUCUAGUCUACCUAUACUCAGGCGCUGAGAUAGACCAGUGGAAUAUCACCACUGGGGACACAGUGGUGGCCCUGUUGGCCUCUGAUGUGGCUCUGGAGAACCAGACAGAGGCAGUCCUACAGAAGUUCCUGGACCACAGAGGCAAGGUCACUGGUGCCCUGCUGGUGGCCAUUGGGGGCUCUCGCAUCUGCUGGAUGAGCCCUCAGCAGAUCCAGACCAUCCAGCCCUCUGAGUUCCGGCUGGCAGGGGCCUUGGACAUCUCCUCCUGCCCUCAGAGUCGGAAGAAUGUACUUUUCGCGAAGGCUCGCGAGGCCUUCUGCUGCAACAGAACCACGGGUGCCUACUACCGCUUCAUGCGCCCCUACCUUGGCGGGGCACCCUUAGAGGAACUGCGACACCUGGCGCAGGCCAACGUCUCUAUGGAUAUUGACACAUUCACCAACCUCAAUCCCCUCGUGCUUCAGAACUUGAGUGUGGGUAGUGUGACAAAUCUGUUGGGCCAGAAUGUGGGAGACCUACAGAAGGCCCGAAGCCACCCAACCAUCAGGUCCUGGCUGCGCAGUCUCAACAGGUCUGCCCUGGAUGAGCUGGGCCUGGACACCAGCCCCACCCAGGCCAGCACAACCAGUGGGCCCCCCAGCACCACCCGCCGAACACCCCAUCUGGCCCAUACCUCAGGCAUGUCAGGGAUUGGCACAGCAGCCCCUGCCUCAGGCAGCCCACCUGUCCACCUGGGGUACCUGCCACUCACUGUGGCUCUGCCUUCCAGCCUCUUGUGGCUGCUGCUGUGUCAGGCACCAUCAGGACCAGUGGGCACUGCUCAGAAGGUGCCAGGACCCUGGACACUGCCACCAGCACUACAUCAGGGUGAUCGGGCCCAUGGGCAUCAGAUACAGGAGAGACGGAGCUGCUAG